AUUUCGUUGAUAAAAUCAACCAUAAUUAAUCUGCCCUUAGUCUUGAUGAAGCAAUGAACUAAGGGGGAGCUCCGACCUCUAGAACUAGAUUUCCGGCAAACUAGUCGGGAUUGUCGUGUGUCGAAAAACGACCGAAAACUAAAUCUUGACUUGAAAUAAACGUGACAGCUGGUGCCUAAUUAUCCCCCUUAACGUGAACUCAACUACAAUCGAAACACUGAAAUACCCGUUUUGCCACGUGUAUUCCAUUUUUAUAAUUACAAGUGUCAGGUAAGUAAAACAUCAACUGCUUUCCUUUGCUUUCUAGUCCUUCACCCAUUUCCUGAGACUGAUCAGAAACACAGUCUCUCUCUUGAAUUAUUUUUCGCAUUCAACACAGGUAGAUCUACCGUUGAACUUCUUGGGUUUUAAUAGCUGUUUUUGUUUUUCUGAAUAGUCGGCUCCAAACCCUUCUUAAAAAAAAAAAAUUUGCAUUUUGAUCUGACAAAGAAUGGAGUUUUUACUGUUUUGAUGGUCUCUGGCAUCUGGUAGAUUUCUUUUUUAUUUUUGGUUGCUUCAGUCAUUUAUUUGAGGAUUUUCAAGUUCUGGGUCUUUGCUCGUUUUAGCAGAGUGAUGCAGCAAAGGAGUGGGUGAGAGAAAAAUCCCAGCUUUUUCAUGUUAAAAGCUUCAGAAUUUAAGGGUCAAAAAGGGCUUUUGAUUGAUUAUAUGUAUCAGUCAACCAGCGAAGGAGUUGGAGAGCAGUAUUGGAUCCCAUGACUCUCAAGUUUCAAAACUGCUAAACGCCGUUUGAGCAGUCCAAGAAGAAGCAAGAGGGAAAAUAAUUUAGAAAGUUGGAUUGUUUUUAACCUUAUUUUUUAGCUACUGCAGUUUCAGGAAUAUAGAAAUCAUAGAAAGGAGAAAAGCAAGUUACUAAAUUUUAUUUUUUUUCUGGUCUGCAAGUUCUGAGAUGAGUUCACGUGAAGAUUACGCCGCGUUGUCCGUGAGUAUUGCAAGUAACAAGCUCGAGAAGAGAUGCCUCAGCAUUUGGUGUAUUUGACAAAGACUACUUCACCAAUGCAAAUGCAGCUCCUUCUCCUCCUCCUUCACACCAUUAAAUGCCAUGGCUCUAUCCAGGGCUUUUCAAAGUCACUUCAGUGAGUAGAUAAGCUUCCUCCAUUGCUGCUUGUUUCACUUCAGAAUUGUUCAGUCAAAAAAAGAGGGCGCUAGCGCUACUUGCAUUGUUGAAAAUGACCCAAAUUGGCGCGUUUCUUCUUAUACUCAAUAACUCCCAUGCUUUAGUUUUACAAUUUCUUGUGCGUGGAAAGAAUGGCAGAUUCGAAGAUUUGGAUUUUGGGCUGUGAUUUGAGUAGGAGAAUCAAAACAGAGUCAGCUUGCUGGAAGGUUGAAACAGCAAAUGUCUCUCCAUAUGGAAACCAAUUCAAAUCAAAAGGGUUGCAUUGUUUAAGGGUGUUGAUUUGAAAGAUCCCAUUUUUUUUUUCUCUCUACCCCAGAAACAAAGAGUAUUUUCGAAGAUCAUAGGCUGAAAAUGGAACCCCUUGUUUCAAGGUACUGCUUUCUUUUCUUUUUCAUCUUCUGCUCUCUCCUUUCUCUUGUUCCUCUUGUCAGAUCAGGGGAUGCAGAAGCGCUUUUAACCCUGAAAUCAUCAAUCGAUCCUUUCAACUCAUUGCCGUGGCAAGGAACCGAUGUGUGUGCGUGGAGGGGAAUCAAGGAAUGUAUGAAUGGAAGAGUAACAAAACUUGUACUAGAGUACCUAAACUUGACUGGUACUUUAGAUGAAGCAAGCUUGAAUCGGUUAGAUCAACUUCGGGUUUUAAGUUUCAAAGGAAACUCACUUUCAGGUCAAAUACCUUACCUUUCUCGCCUAGUCAAUCUCAAAUCACUUUUCCUCAACGACAACAAAUUCACAGGCGAAUUCCCAGAAUCAAUUUCUGGUUUACAUCGCUUGAAAAUCAUAGUUUUGUCAGGAAACCAACUCUCUGGUCACAUUCCACCUUCUUUACCCAAACUCAAACACUUAUACACUCUUUACUUACAAGACAAUAACUUAAAGGGUACAAUCCCACCCUUGAACCAAACAAGCCUUAGAUUCUUCAAUGUGUCUAAUAACCAACUUUAUGGUCAAAUCCCUGUGACCCCAGCUCUGGGUCGGUUCAAUAUUUCUUCAUAUUCCGGUAAUAUUGAUCUUUGCGGUGAACAGAUUGAAAACCCAUGUCAAACAAUCAAUUUUGGGCCAGCAAUGAGUCCUGCUUAUCCCAUGGUCCCAAGUUCAAGGUCCUCAUCAAAAAAGCGUAUUCUCAAGAUUGUAGUAGGCAGCGUUGGUGGGUUUUUGCUGCUACUUAUUUGUGUGUUUUUGGUGUGUUUUGUUAGCAAAAGGAGACGUGAAAAGGAUAGGUCAAAGGAGGUUAAAAGCAAAGGAGUUGUUAGCGUGGAAGGGGUGGAGGUAGGGGAGGCGUUGGGCGGAGGAGGAGGAGGAGGAGGAGGAGCAGGAAGCGGUGGCACGGGAGAUAAUAAUAGCGGAAAACAAGCAGGGUUUUGGGAGAACGAGGGUCUAGGGAGUUUGGUAUUCUUAGGAGCAGGUGAUCAGCAGAUGAGUUACAGCUUGGAAGAUUUAUUAAAAGCAUCAGCUGAGACGUUGGGGAGAGGUACAAUGGGGAGUACCUACAAAGCUGUGAUGGAAUCAGGAUUCAUCGUGACAGUUAAAAGAUUGAAAGAUGCUAGAUAUCCAAGAUUAGAGGAGUUCAAGAGACACAUGGACUUGCUUGGUCGGCUCAGACACCCUAACUUGGUCCCACUUAGAGCUUAUUUCCAAGCCAAAGAUGAACGCUUACUCGUAUAUGAUUAUUUCCCCAAUGGAAGCCUCUUUUCUCUUAUUCACGGAACAAGAACUUCUGGUGGUGGAGCUGGGAAGCCUCUUCAUUGGACAUCAUGUCUGAAAAUAGCUGAGGACUUGGCAACUGGACUGCUUUAUAUUCAUCAAAAUCCAGGCUUAACUCAUGGAAACCUGAAAUCCUCUAAUGUGUUAUUAGGGCCUGACUUUGAGUCCUGCCUCACAGAUUAUGGUCUCACUUUGUUUCGAGAUCCAGACUCAGUGGAAGAACCUAGUGCUGCAACAUUUUUCUACAGGGCACCUGAAUGCAGGGACAUCAGAAAAUCAUCCACCCAACCAGCUGAUGUUUACAGCUUUGGUGUUCUACUCCUGGAGCUUCUAACAGGCAAAACACCCUUCCAAGACCUUGUUCAGGAGCACGGUUCAGACAUUCCUAGGUGGGUACGAUCAGUCCGUGAAGAAGAGACCGAGUCUGGGGAUGAGCCUACCUCUGGUAACGAGGCAUCUGAAGGCAAGCUUCAGGCUCUUUUGAACAUUGCAAUGGCUUGUGUUGCACUUGCACCUGAAAACCGUCCUGCAAUGAGGGAAGUUUUAAAGAUGAUUAAAGAUGUGAGGGCGGAGGCUCAAGUAUCAUCCAACAGUAGUGACCAUUCGCCUGGAAGAUGGUCGGACACUGUUCAGAGCUUCCCUAGAAAUGAACAUCUAAGCAUAUAAGCCUGAUAGAUUUGGCAGGC